AUUAAUAAAGAGAAAAAAAGAAAAAAAAGACUGCGCAUGUGCCAGAAGGAACCGGAAGCCGUAUGUGCGCCAGGCGGAAGCUCUAACGUCCUUUCUGCUCCCGGACUGCCAUCAUGGUGUUCAAGCGCUUCGUUGAGAUCGGCCGUGUGGCCUACGUCUCGUUCGGACCCCAUGCUGGCAAACUGGUGGCCAUCGUGGAUGUCAUUGACCAAAACAGAGCUCUUGUUGAUGGUCCCUGCACAGGGGUGAGGAGGCAGUCCAUGCCCUUCAAGUGCAUGCACCUCACAGACUAUGUCAUCAAAAUUCCCCACAGUGCUCGCCAGAAGUUUGUGAGGAAAGCCUGGGAGAAGGCCCAAGUCAACGAGAAGUGGUCGGAGAGCAGCUGGGCCAAGAAGAUCGAGGCAAGACAGAAGAAGGCCAAGAUGUCUGACUUCGACCGCUACAAGGUGAUGAAGGCCAAGAGAAUGAGGAACAAGAUAAUCAAGCAUGAGGUGAAGAAGCUGCAAAAGGAGGCUGCAAAGAAGUGAACAGUUUCUGCAAAAUAAACUUCCUGUUCAAUUGUU